GUUCGGUUAAAAAAUUGGUUAAAAAAUUGCUAGAACCCAGAGAAACUCACGCACGAAACCAUAUUUAAUAACAAUAGUAGUAACAAGUAGUAACAACAACAACAAAAACACGCAUCAAAAUCAAAGAGCCAAAAUAGCUAAAAGCCCACUCCCCCCCACAAAAAGUGCGUGAAGAAGUGAACACGUUUUUUUCCAGUGUGCCGUUCGCGAGUAUCUAUGCGUAUAUAUAUGGGUGUGUGUGUGUGUACUAUAGCUGCUGCCAGUGCACUGCCGCUGCCAUUUGCUGCCUUGCAAUGAAAGUGCAAUAAGUUAACUUUUGGAAGUUGGAAAGAAAAGCGGCCACGAACACUGGAAGAACCACAUUAUCGACCUUUACAGUGACCGAAGAAAGCCGUCGGCAAAAAAUAAAAAGGAAAUGCAGGCCACCAAAAUGCGAACGCCCUUCGCCAUCCAGGAAAUCCUUGGCCUGGGCGCCUACCAGCAGCAAAGUGGGGCCAGUGGCAAUGCCACGCCCUCGGAGGCGCCACCCUCACCGGCAGCCACCCCACCACCGCCGGCGAGUACGCCCCUCCAGCUAAAUUCCACGAUCGCCGCCGCUGCAGCCGUUGCCGCCGGACAGCAACAGCAGAGGGAGCAGCGGGAACGGGAACGUGAGCAAUUGGAAGGCCUGCGGGAUUCGCGAUCCUUGUCGCCCGAUGUGACCAGACUAUCGGCCGCAGCAGCUGCUGCGGCUGCAGCAGCCGCCCACUGCCAGCUGCCCGUUUUCAAUCCGGCCAACUUUUAUGCCGCCGCCGGCUAUGCGGCCGCCGCGGAUCCGGGCAAUGCUGCUGCCGCCCAUCAUCAUCACAUGACCACCCUGGCGGCGGCGGCCUAUCUGAGGGGCUUCCUGCCGCCCGGCUUUAGCACGCCGCACGAGUUCCGGGGACACUUUCAGCAGCACUUUGGCGCCCAGUUUGCAGAACAAGCGGCCGCACGUGGUCAGGAGUACGCCAGCAGCCUGGCCAAUGCCAGUGGCGAUGAGCAAUCACCCAGCAAGAAUAGCAACUCAUCAGGCAAUGGCUCCGGAUCGGGCACUGGAGGAUCGGGAGGAUCUGGAGCCAACCAGGUGGCUAGCAAUGGCUUGAGUCACCUGGGCUCACCUACGACGAGUAAUGGCGGUGGCGCUGGCAGUUCUGGAGCUGCUGGUUCCGGCUCUGGUUCGGGGCCAGCUAACAGUGCCUCGGUUUCGGGUGGCAGCAGCUCCUCCACCUCGGGUGCUGGCAGCGGCAGCGGCAGCUCGGCCAAUCGCUCUUCGCCCGCCGGUCCUCAUCAUUCGGCCGCUUUGGCCGCCCAUCAACAUGCAGCAGCUGCCGCGGCCGCUGCCCAUCAUCAUGCCGCUGCUGCGGCUGCCGCCCACCAUGCCCAUCAUGCCCAUGCCCAGGCUCAUGCCCAUGCACAUGCUCAUGUGCAUGCCCAUGCCGCCCAUGCUGCCCAUGCCCAUGUCCAUCAUGCUGAGGCGGCAGCUUUCCUUGGCGCCGCCGGCGGUGCUGGUGGCAAUCCCAGUGGCCUGCUGGGUGCCCAUGCAGGCGAUGUCCUUGUGGGUCCCGGAGGAACGGGUCCCGGGGGCAAGAAGAAGAAUAAGCGGAGGCAUGGAAGGACGAUCUUCACCAGCAGUCAGCUGGAGGAGCUGGAGAAGGCCUUCAAGGAGGCCCACUAUCCGGAUGUGAGCGCCAGGGAGCUGUUGUCGAUGAAGACGGGACUGGCCGAGGAUCGAAUUCAGGUUUGGUACCAAAACCGACGGGCCAAGUGGCGCAAGACGGAAAAGUGCUGGGGCCACAGCACCAAGAUGGCCGAAUAUGGCCUGUAUGGGGCCAUGGUGAGGCACUCGCUGCCACUGCCAGAGACCAUCAUAAAGUCGGCCAAGGAGGAUGAAUCGGUGGCACCCUGGCUGCUGGGUAUGCACAAAAAGUCCCUGGAGGCGGCCGAGCUGCUCAAGAGCGACGAGAGCGAUAGGGAGACGCCUACGUCAGAUGAUACCAAUACCAGCUACUCGGCGGGCAGCACCCACAACUCGCCCAUCUCCAGCUUCUCGAUCUCGCGUCUCCUCUUCGAUGCCCCGCCGCCGGCCUCGGGGAAGGGGCCCCAUCACCACCAUCAUCAUCAUCACCAUCACAAGCACAGCCAUGCUCAUGCCCAUGCCCAGGCCCAGGCUCAGGCUCAUGCCCACAUAGCCGCCGCCGCAGCAGCCGCCCAUCAUCACCAGCAGCAGCAGCACUUGCAUCAGGCCGGAGGAGGAGCUGAUGGCUCCGCCUUGCAGCAUCUUGGCCAGCAGGGACAGGGUCAGGGUCAGCAACAGCAGCAGCAGCAGCAAGGAUCUGGAUCCGCGGGACCGCAGCCACACCAUCCGUACAACCAGCAGCAGCAUCUGCAUCAUCUGCAGCAACUGCAGCAGGCCCAGCAGCAGCAGGCACAGCAGCAGCAACAGCAGCAGCAACACCAUCAUCACCAUCAUCACCAUGCGGCUGCACUGCAGCAUAUGCAUCAUCAUGGUGCUGCCGCUGGGUAUGCCGAGGCAGCAGUGGCUGCUGCUGCAGCAGCUGCUGCAGUGGCGGCCGCAGCAAAUGCACGCAACGCGGCAGCCGCAGCAGCAGCAGCGGCUGCUGUAUCGGUGACCAUAGCCGAAUCGGAGCCAGAUGAGGAGCAGGAUGACCUAGAGGAUAUGGAGCUGGACAAGGAUGGUGAUGGGGACCUAGAGGAAGUCGAUGGGAACAACGAGGCCGAUCCCGAUCCGGAUGCGGAUGGCGAGGGGGAUAUAGAUAUAUGCGAUGAUCACGACGAUGAGGUGCGGCUCCAGGAGCAGCUGCUGCUCAAGGUGAAGCAGGAGCAGGCCAACAACAGUGGGCCCAGAUGAAAUAUGUACAUCGAUGUGUUGUUCUAAGGACAACGAAGCAACUAGAAAACAAAUAUAUAAAACAACACGGCGAUGGGAACUUUGAGGGGAGGUAGGGAAGAGUCAGGCUUGGGAGAUUUCAAAACUCCUUUGAAAUUAUUUAGAAGAUUUGUCCUACAAUUGAUUUUAAAUAGUUUUUGAGUACAAUCUUUGUUCAAGCAAUUUUGUAAACUCUGUAAUAUUUUUUAUAUUUUUUUCAGUUUUGAUUUCGUCUUGGGAGAUUUUAAAUCUUCUUUUUUAAGGACUUUUAGAUCCGUAGAUAUGUUUAAAGCUUUAAAGAAAGAUUUUAAAUAUUUACUGAGCUGGUUUCUCUUUUUUUUAACCUCUUUUAAUCCCUGUAAUAUUAUUUUAAACCUGAAUCAAUCUGGAUUUCGUGUAAAUUUUGUGUUUGUAAAGGCAAAUCUUCAAUCUCCAAGCGGACUCUCCCCUGAAUCAAUAGGUUUAGUCUCCCGAAUAGCUACUCGUUCCUCGUCUUACAAUGCAAUGAACAUUUUCUAAGCAUAAAAUUAAUUAAAAUAAAUUAAUUAAUAACAGCAAAUUCAUAAAAAAAGAAAAAGGAAGGAAAACCAAGCAAACGAA